CAAUAAUUGUCACACCCUAUAUCUCUCUCUACACCAACUACUUUCUAUAUAUAUGCACACAAGGAAUUGGUACACUCAUAACCAAAUUUCUUCAAUAUUUUCUCACUUUGAAGAAGUUAAGUUUCAACUUUAUCAUAUAUAGAUACAUGGCAAAUAUUUCAACCAACACUAUUGCUACUUUUCCGCCAGUGGAAAAAUGUAACUCCAUAGGGAGAGAAAACCACACUGUUGUGGCAGACAUGGAUGGAACUUUGCUCGUAGGGCGAAGUUCCUUCCCAUACUUUGCCCUAAUUGCCUUUGAGGUCGGUGGGUUUCUAAGACUCCUCUUCUUUCUCUUGGCAUCCCCAUUGGCUGCCAUUUUAUACUACUUUGUCUCUGAAUCCGCGGGAAUUCAAGUCCUCAUCUUCGCCUCAAUGGCGGGGAUGAGGCUCUCCAGUAUAGAGUCUGUAGCACGUGCCGUGCUCCCCAAGUUUUAUUCUGGGGAUCUCCAUCCGGAGACAUGGCGCGUGUUUUCAUCAUGUGGGAGGCGGUACGUCCUCACGGCGAAUCCACGGGUGAUGGUGGAGCCAUUUUUGAAGGAGAUGUUGGGUGCCGACAUAGUUUUGGGGACAGAAUUAGAAAGUUAUAAGGGAAGAGCAACCGGAUUUGUUUGCAAGCCCGGAGUUCUUGUUGGAAAAAAUAAAGCAGAUGUGCUCAAGAAAACUUUUGGUGAUGAGAAACCUGAUAUUGGACUUGGAGAUAGAUUCACUGAUGCUCCUUUCAUGUCUUUGUGCAAGGAAGCAUAUAUUGUCCCUCCAAAACCACAAGUGAAGGCAGUUACAAGCGAGAAGCUUCCAAAACCCAUAAUAUUUCAUGAUGGAAGGCUCGUCCAGAAGCCAACACCUCUGAAUGCAUUGCUAACACUCCUUUGGAUCCCUCUAGGCUUUCCCUUAGCCUGCCUCCGCAUCGCCGCCGGAUCUCUCCUCCCUAUGCCACUUGUCUACUAUGCCUUUUGGGCCCUCGGCGUCCGUGUCACCAUCAAAGGAACACCACCUCCGCCGGCAAAUAAAUCCAGCGGCCAAAGUGGUGUCCUCUUCAUUUGCUCCCACAGAACCCUACUUGACCCUAUUUUUCUCUCCACAGCCCUCGGCCGCCCUAUACCGGCUGUAACCUAUUCAGUCUCACGUCUCUCAGAGAUAAUCUCACCAAUCAAGACGGUUAGAUUAAGCCGUGAUCGCGCCACGGACGCUUCAAUGAUUAAGAAGCUUCUACAAGAAGGCGACCUUGCAAUUUGCCCUGAAGGGACAACUUGCAGGGAACCUUUCCUUCUAAGGUUUUCGGCCUUGUUCGCGGAGUUGACGGACGAAUUGGUGCCGGUGGCAAUGGUGAAUAGGAUGAGCAUGUUCCAUGGAACAACUGCUAGAGGGUGGAAAGGGAUGGAUCCAUUCUACUUCUUCAUGAACCCUAGCCCAGCUUAUGAGGUAACAUUCUUGAACAAGUUGCCUAAGGACUUGACUUGUGGGUCUGGUGGCAAGAUGAGCAUUGAUGUGGCCAAUUACAUUCAGAGGCUCAUUGCUGCAACAUUGUCAUAUGAAUGCACAAACUUCACUAGGAAAGACAAGUACAAGGCUCUUGCUGGUAAUGAUGGAACUGUCCCUCUUCACAAAAACCCUAUUCUUAAGGCCAACAAACUCAUGGGAUGCUAAUCAAUUUCAAUGUUAAACUUGUCUCUAAUUCAAAACAUACAUCCUCUAUCUUUUAUGUUAGAUCAUGUUACUCUAAAAUGACAACAUUGAUAGAGCGAAAAUUAAAGUAAAAAAGUUUAGUCGGUCUUGAAUCAAGUG